AUAGAUAUAGCACUUGGUUAUUGCAGAAUGUUGGGUUAAUUUUUAAACUUGCUGGUUGGCAAUAAAUAAAUUUAGGAUUUUCUCGGACUGAUUCUGGAAUCCGAAAUUGAAUUUGUUCGAAAUGAAUCUUCAAAAUCUUGAGAGAGUUACAACACUUGUAGAGAAGGCGAGACUUAGCACUAAAACAUGGAGACGUAUUGCUGCAGUUGGUGGGACAGUGGCAGCAUUUCGUUUAUUACAUUGGUAUUUAAAUAAAGGAAAGAAAGGUGCAAUAAAGAGCAACUAUGAAUCAAUGGCACAAUUACGAGCAUCACAAACACAAUCCCAAAAGAAAAAGAAAAUUCUUGCUGUUGAUAAAGAAUUCUUGCUUCGUCUUGGUAAAUUGCUUCGAAUUUUAGUUCCAAAUAUUUGGAGUAAAGAAUUUUUAUGGCUUGCACUCCAUUCAACAGCUUUAGUCGUCAGAACAUUUUUAUCUAUAUUUGUUGCCGACUUAGAUGGAAGAAUGGUACGAAGUGUCGUGCAAAAGGAUCUUCGUCAAUUCCUUAUUGAGCUUGGGAAAUGGAUUCUAGUUGCUAUUCCCGCUACAUUCACCAACAGUGCUAUUCGAUAUUGUGAGAGUAAACAAGCUCUUGCUUUCAGCACAACACUCGUGAAAAAGGCAUACAAAAUGUAUUUUAAAAACCAGACUUAUUACAGGAUAAGCAACAUGGAUAGCAGAAUAGCAAAUGCUGAUCACAGUCUGACUGAAGAUAUCAACGACUUCACAUCCUCUGUUGCUCAUUUAUAUUCUCAUCUGACGAAACCGAUUCUUGAUGUUGUUUUGAUUUCACACACUCUUGCUACAAGAGCUGCUGAGAAAGGAGCCAACAGCAGGUUACCGGGAAUAAUUUCAACAAUUACAAUAUUUGUUACUGCUCGAGUUUUAAGAGCUGUGUCUCCAAAGUUUGGAACUUUGAUCGCUGAAAAAGCAUCGAGAAAGGGAUAUUUACGGUACAUCCAUUCAAGAAUAAUACAAAAUGCAGAGGAAAUUGCAUUUUAUGGUGGAGAAAAGGCAGAACUCAACUUAUUACAGCGAUGCUAUCAAUCAUUGGAGAAACAGACUCAUAAAAUUUAUCUUCAUAGAUUAUGGUACAUCAUGGUGGAACAAUUUUUUAUGAAAUACGUCUGGGGGGCUUCAGGAAUGUUAAUGACCGCUAUCCCUAUUUUGACUGCUAAGGGAUAUUCUGAUAAGGCUACUGAAGAAGAAAUUGCUGAAUGGGAAGCUGUUACUGAAGAUCAAGCUAUGGGGUUAAGGACGGAAUCAUUUAUGGCGACUCGUAACUUGUUACUGAAUGCAGCAGACGCAAUUGAAAGGAUAAUGAGUUCAUAUAAAGAAAUCACGGAAUUGGCUGGAUAUACAUCUCGUGUUUGGGAAAUGUUUGAGGUUUUCAAAGAUGUCAGUGAAGGAAACUAUGUAAAAACUGUCGUAGAAGGUUCUGGAAAGGAUGGAGAAAAAGUUGAAAAUGUUGCUCAAUCUAUGAAUAUUCAAGGUGAUGUCAUUGAAACAGAGCGAGAUAUAUCAUUGGAAGAUGUUCCUAUCAUUACACCGAAUGGUGAUAUCGUUGUUGAGAGGCUUAAUCUACAGGUUACUUCUGGAGUUCAUCUUCUCAUUACUGGACCAAAUGGAUGUGGAAAGAGUUCGUUAUUCAGGAUAUUGAGUGGAUUGUGGCCUGUCUACAAUGGAAAAUUGUCAAAACCACCUCCUUCAAGCAUGUUCUAUAUUCCACAAAGGCCAUACAUGUCCAUUGGUACACUUCGUAGUCAAGUAAUUUAUCCAGAUACAUUGGAAGAUAUGAAGGAAAAGGGAGUCACCGAUAAUGAUUUGAGACAUAUAUUAGAGACUGUCAAUUUGUAUUAUAUUGUACAAAGAGAAGGAGGUUGGGAGUCAGAAGCUGAUUGGAAAGAUGUUUUAUCUGGAGGUGAAAAGCAAAGAAUGGGAAUGGCAAGACUCUUCUAUCAUAAACCUGUCUAUGCAUUGCUCGAUGAAUGCACAUCUGCUGUUAGUAUUGAUGUCGAAGGAAAAAUAUUUCAAGCUGCCAAAGAUGCCGGAAUUGUGUUGCUAUCUAUCUCUCACAGACCAUCCCUCUGGAAAUAUCACACUCAUAUACUUCAAUUUGAUGGUGAAGGAGGAUGGAAUUUUAGCGAACUGGAUACUGACACAAGGUUGUCUCUGAAUGAAGAAAAGCAGCAAUUGGAAACAUCGCUUGCUGGUAUACCGAAGAUGCAAAGCAGAUUGGACGAAUUGUGUUCUAUUUUGGGAGAGGAUUCCGUACUCAAAUCAAAGCCUAUAUUCACUGAAGAAUAGUAAUAAUGUUAACACUGAUUUGUUCCAUUAUAUAAAUUAAGUGAUAAAAAUAAUGUUUUUAUUAUUUUAUAAUAUUUAUAUAAUUUCAGGGUAAUUUAUUCACUUUUUUGUUGCUUAUAUUUGAAGUGUUAAUUUAAGGUCGAAAUUUUUGAAUUCUCAUUCAAAGUCUGUAUAUUUACCAAGCAUGGGCUGAUGAUGGGGCAUGCCUAGUCGGCAUGACCCAUCAUCAACCCCUACUUAGUCGAUUGAAUUUAUUUUGCUGUUUAGAAGCAUGAUUUUUUUUUUCUUUUCCUCGUUAUCUGUCUUAACAAAGUAAAAAUUUGAAAUUAUGAAAGGUUGAGAUCGAAUAAUUUACUGUUCUGAAUACAUAUAAAUUAGUAUAUUUGAAUAUUUAAUAUAUUAAUAAAACGAGUCAUGCUCAACAGAGAAAUCUCAGAAAUCUAAUUUGAUAUUGCAGAAUUAUCAGGACUGAGUAAAAAUUUGAAAUUAUAAGUACAGGAAGGUCAAAUCGAAUAAUGUGCUAUUCUGAAUACAUGAAAAAUAUAUAUGAAUAUGGAUUGUCAAAUAUAUUGGCAAUGUGUGUAAUGUUCAACAUCUGAAUCUUAGUAAAUUGAUAAAAUUUGAACUCUGUAUUGCAAAAUACCGAUAUAUAAGAUAAAUAUUCUGUGAUUGAUAUUAUAUUCUUACAGUGUAAGAACUUACCAACGAAUGUUAAACGAUUGAAAUGAGACAAAUUGAAAUAUUUUUCUAAAAUCAUAGAUAGCUAAAUUGAAUAUACCCAAUUUGAAAUGUAUGAGAUUAUUCCAUUUGUUUUGGACAUAGGCUUGAAAUGAAGCAUUUUGCUCCACUGAUAAAGAGAAUUUCUUAUCCUGGAACAGUUGUUUUAAUGGAGACUAUUAUUUAACUGUCAACUUUUGUCAGUAAAAUUAGACCUUCGUUUUAUCCAAGCCCACCACCCCUUGCACUGUGCUAUACUUAAUAGGGAAUAUUCUCGCUCAUCCAAAAUCAGUAUUUAUAUUCCUGCUAAGUUGUAGCAUGUAUAUGUAGUAUAUUGUGCAGUAAUUUGCAGUCAUACCUCAGCUACUCUUCAAAAUUAUUUUCAUUUUUUCAAAAUGAGUGAAUUAGUGGAAUGUGCAGUGUAUCACAAGCGUUGAUAAUUUUAUAUGUCACGACAUGAGCUAUAUAAUCAUUUAGCCAUAUAUACCAGGGGUGGGCAAAUCGUAUGCUGGAUCCGUCCGACUUGUGUCUGCUGAAAUUACGACCAUAGUUUUUAUGGAUAUAAAUUUCGAUGGAAAAACGUCAUAAUGACCCCGAUUGUUAGUGUGCUUCUUCUUAUUAUUAUAUAAACGUUAGCAUAGCUGUUGUAAAUAAACUUCUUUUAUUCAUAGUUUUCAUAUUGAGUUUGGACGUCCAGUAACCAAGUCUAUUUUUUGUAGCUGGCUUACUCGAAAAAUAAUUGCCCACUCCUGAUCUAUACAAAUACGGAGAUAUAUUUUGACGAUGAUCUUGCCCUGAAAUAUAAUAUAGCUUUUACUGACUGUAAAACUUUGAUUAUGAUGAUAUAAAACUUCUAUAAAUAUAUAUUGUAAUUUCGUUUUUUUGUUUGAUACAAUUGUUCCAAUAUACAACGAAUUUUAUCAUUGUGAAAAUAUGCAGUUAUAAUAAAUAUCGUGUUAAUUUGA